CUGAUAAUAAUAUUAUUUUUUUAUAUUGGUUUAUGUAUUUGUACCCACGAGGUUUACUAACCCGUAGGUUGAGGUUUAAAACGUAUUGUCGCUUGAUUAAUUUCACAUACGGAAACCACGCGGCUCAGUUUGUUCGCCUAAAGUCUUUUUUUUUUUUGUUCGUUACAUUGCAUUCUCCAUCAAUUGUUCGCUAAUCGUGAGCCGUUGCAAGUGUGAACCUUUGUACACAAAUUGAAGUACAUCCGACAGUAGGUAUGUCAAUUUUAUAAAUAUUUAGAAACAGUUAUUUAGUAAAAGUUGGUUGUUCAAACCCAUUUUUCUUAAAUUUAGGCUCUAGUUUUCGAUCAGAUUUUCAAUUCUUUUGUUUUUAAGAUUCCUUAAAAAAUGUUCACAACUAUUUUAUUAAGCAAUUUUUAAAUUUAUCCUCGCCAUUAAUCAUAUUUCAUAACUGUUGCCGGUUGACGUCUGGCUCUUAGGGUAAAAUAUAAAAAUUUAAAAUAUCGAAAAACACCAAAUUUAAAUAUUUUUUAUGCUUUCCAUCUUACCAAUAUUUAGUAAUUAAAUUUUCGGUUUUCCCAUUUCCCGCAGAGAUAUAGCUUUAAUAGUGCGCGUUUGCGGUCUUGGAAAAAUGUUGAUCUCUGGAGAAAAUCUGCCUUCUCAAGUCAAUAAAGAAGUCAAAGUAUUGAAACAUCAUAUAUGUAUUUUAUAUUUUCCUUUCUUACCUUAUCAACGUUCUUUAGUUAGAAUUAACAAUCCAAUUUCCUGUAAAAAUAUACAAGAUUUUAACACUUCCACUCAUUAUCUACUCAAAAGCCAUAUCGUUGAAAAGGAUUAAAAACUUUAAAUUUCAAAAUUCUAACUGUUAGUAGUUUUAUUAGGGUACUAUACUAAUAGAAAACUACUAUUCUUGCCUCUGAAGUUUAAAAAAUUAUACUAACAAUACUAAAUUGGUCUUACCGGACACAAAUUUUCCAUGUUGUGUUAUGUUUCUAAGCAUAAAUGACACAUCAUGCAUGUGAGAUAAAAUUGAAAUGUUUUGACCAUCAAAAAAAAUUAGACGUUUUAUCUUUAACUUUGUGACAUUCAGUUCUUGGAAUGUAUAGGUAACCAUAGGGCGUUUUAGUUCUACAGUAUUUGGGAUAGAAAGCAAGUACCUACGUAAAUGGUAGUUGUAGUUAUAAAAAGGUACUAAAACAUAGUCAAACAAUAGUUUUAUACAUUUCUAAUAAUUUAUGAAAACCAUAUUCUUAACCAUGCACUAUUUCGUUCUAUUCUAGAUUCAUAGAACACAAAUUACUGAUUUAAUGAUUGGGUUCAAGCUUUAAGACCCUUAUAUUCAUCAUUCGUGCUCAAAAUAUGCGUAAAUGUUCACUGUUUGAUUUUUUUUUUAGAUAAUAUAAGUUAGGUAUAUUAAUAAUGAAUAUAAUAUUAUUAGGUACCUAUUUUUGUUUAUUUUUAAUUUUUUGAAAAUAUGAUAGACAACUCUUAAAUGUAUAAUAUUAGAUCAGUUUAAAAUAGUUAGAUACCAUUAAUCAUAUGCAAAAUAGAAAAUACAUUAUUAACCAAUUGAUUGUUUCUUUCCAGCACACUAUUGGCUAUACUUUAUGAUCUAAAAUUUAGUAAAAUUUUACUUCAGUCAAUAUUACUAUUGAUGAUUAACCAAUUGUGUUUUAUUUAUUUAUAUCAUUGUGUGCUAGCACUUAAACUUUUAUUAAAAAAAAAAUUUUAAUUUUAAUUUUUUUUUUUUUACAUUUUCAUAGAUAGCUAUCAUUUUCAAUCAUGAGUGGAGGAGGUAUGUGUUAUCGAUGUAACCGUUCUGGACAUUUCGCCAGGAAUUGCAGGGAAUCUGGAUCUGUAAAUAGUGCUACAUUCAGUCGUAGUGGUCGUGGUGGCAAUGACCGUGAUACAAAUUGUUAUAAGUGCAACCGCAGUGGUCACAUUGCCCGUGAUUGCAAGGACCAGGACAGAUGUUACAGAUGUGAUGGUGUUGGUCAUAUAGCUCGUGACUGUUCUCAAUCUUUUAGUGACCCAUCGUGUUACAAUUGCCGUAAAACAGGACAUUUGGCUCGUGAUUGUCCAGAUGAACGUGCAGAGCGUGGAUCAGGUGGUGGUGGAUAUGGAAGUGCUGGUAGUAACUCUACUUGUUACAACUGUAACAAGAUUGGUCAUUUUUCACGAGACUGCUCGGAAGGCAGAAAUGAUUAUGGAAACUAUUCGUCUCAUUGUCGUAAUUGUAAUGGUUCAGGACAUAUGGCUCGUGAUUGCCCAGAGGGUAACAAACAAAACUGUUACAACUGUGGUGAACUGGGUCAUUUGAGCCGUGAAUGCAGGCAACGUAACUAGUUCCAGAGAUUUGCCAUUUAAUCUAAUUAUCCUAUAUUUUCAAAAUUAUAUAAAAAAAAAAAAAUCAUAAAACAAUAUUUAUUUUGCUAAAGUAUUCUUUGAUUGACAGCUAUAGUAUUUAAAAAAAUUAAACAGUAGUAACAUUAUUUUUUUCUUUAUAAUAGCUAUAUAUAUAUAUAUAUAUAUAUAUAUAUGGCUAUUAUGUUUAUAUUAAUGGUGACAAUAUGUUUUAAUAACAAAGAAACACUUGGAUAUUAAUAGGUACUAUAUAAACAAAUUUAUAUAAAUAGUCUUUAUAUCUUUUUAUAUAUUUUUGUUGUUUAUCUUUUUGUCAGUAAGUAUGUUUUAUAUAAAACCAAAUGUUUUAUUCAAUGUAUAGGGAUUUUAAAUUUAAAAUAUACAUAUUUUUUAAAUUAAAUCAUAGAACCAUGUUAAUGUUCUUUGAAUUCAAAGAACAUUAAGUUCAAACUUGUCUAUAAUAUUAAAACAAAAAGUAUUUUUACAAAGCGAAUUAUGAUUAUAUUUUUUUUUUAUCAUUUAUUACAUGGUUCAUUCAAUUAUAUUCAUAUUAUUAUCUUUAUUUUUUUUUUUUAUUACUUACUAUGCAGCUGUGUUUAAUAAUGUAUGUUUUAUCCAUGAUUUAACUUAUUAAAGUAUUCUGAAUAAAUAUUUUUUAUGUUUUUGUAUCCUAUUUGUUUGUUUUCUUAAUUCAAAUGUGUCUUGAAUUUUUAAGAAGUUUUAGACAUUAUAUUAGUAUUUAAAAUACCCAUCUAUUAAUAAGUUUAUUAGUUAUUGUAUUAUAAUAGUAAAAUUCCUACUGG